AUGCGUGUUCAGUGGCUCUUCAUUCCUGCGCUCUCUGCGGCUGCUGAGGCAAUCGUGCCCCGAGCAGCAGCAGCCGUUGACUCCUCAACGAUCCAGGGCAAAUAUAUGUUUGGCUACCAAGGCUGGUUCCGUUCUCCGAAUAAAGGGCUUAACACGCAUUGGUCUACCAAUGGUGGAGCGCCAGGGCCUGGAAAUGCCGUGUUUGACUUCUUCCCUGACACAAGUGCGUAUCCAUCUGAGUGUCUAUUCGAUACCGGCUUCGAAUUUGCAAAUGGAACAACUGCCAAGUUAUAUGACAACACUUGUGCUGGGGUGGUUGAUCUGCACUUUAAAUGGAUGCAGCAGUAUGGAAUUGAUGGCGUGCUCGUUCAGCGCUUUUAUGGCGCUCUCAGCGAUGCUACGUUUCUAACAGUUUUGGAUCUUGUACAAGCAUCCGCUGAGAAGUACGGUCGCGUUUUCGCCGUGGAGUAUGACCUGAGCGGCGGAAAUUCGUCUCAAGCAAGUGUUACCAACAAGAUCAUCCCGGAUUAUGUUAACAACAUCAAAAAAUACACUUCAUCUCCAGCAUAUGUUCAUCAAGACGGUAAGCCGGUUGUUAUGGCCUUUGGAUUUGGUGUCGCUGGCCGCGAUCUAAGCGCAUCGGACGCGUUUAACUUAGUCAGAGACUUGCAGGCAGAGCCGGCCUAUGUCAUUCUAGGAACCACUAACAACUGGGCUGCUGAUGUCCGUAAUAACAAUGGUCUGGUGAAUACCUAUAAAUUGGCCGAUGCGAUCAGCCCCUGGACUGUAGGCGCCUACACCGAUGCCGGAUAUCUGAGCUAUAAUUUUCACUGGCAACAAAAUGACACCACAUUAACCGAUUCACUUGGUAAGGGUUAUGUGCCUGUGGCCUGGCCAGGCACUUCAAACUACCACCUCACCAACAAACCCGCCAACCUCGAUUAUUUCCCGCGAUAUAAUGGCAGUUUUUACGAGCUCCAGGUCAAUACUGUCAUGAAACAGAAGCCACUCUUUAUUUAUACUGCCAUGUUUGAUGAAGUCAAUGAAGGUACUGGGUCGUAUGCUUGCCUCAAAACUAGCCAGUUGCCGACAAAUGAGAAAUUUGUGGGGCUUGACAAUGAUUUCACAUCGACGAAUCACUACUUUGAACUCGCUCAGCAGUUAGCUACCUCAUUUAGAGCACUUCAAUAA